UCAGAAUAACGUGAAACCUGCCCUUUUUUGGGGGCAGCUUGCCGCACGUCUUUCGCAGGUCACCCGUUUGCCAAGCUCUGUCGACUGAGUGAUGCGGGUGGCCGGGCAACUGCGAUGACGGAGCCAGAAGUUGGCGCCUUGUUUGACAAAUUUGCGUGAGCAGUGGGGUCGUCGCUGUGCCAGUGCCACUUUAGCGGCGUUGCAAACCCAUCUCCUGGACGCGUCUUUGCGCCCGCUCCACACGCGUUUGGACAAAGGCGCGCGUAGGCCCAUAUCCAGCUGCUGCAUAUAAUCCGUCGAGAUGCUCCGCCAGAAUUAAUUCUCACCUGGUCCAUCCAUACUUUUCCAUCCUCACACCACAGCCCAAGAUCUUGUCCGCCACCACUCUCAACAUCUAGACGUCGUCCUGCAAGUAACUCGAUUCCAUACCUGUACUAUCUUUGCAUACACAUUGCCUGUUGCGCGCAAUCCUUUUCGCCAUCAUGGUUCUCCAGAACACUCCGUCCAAGCAGGCCGCAUCUGCCAUUGAGUCGUUCAAGAUGGAGUCGCCUGUCAAGAAGCUCGACUUCGGCGUGGCUGACAAGGAGAACCGCCCACUCGAUUCGUCGCUGGCCUCUCCCGCGGAGGAUGCCCCCAUCGCCACUGACAAGAAGCCCGUGAAGGCUGCACCCGUGGAUGAGAAGGAGGUGUCGAACGUGUCUGUCGUCGAGUCCCUAGAGUGCGAUGAGCCUCUUCUGCAAGAAAACCCUCAACGAUUCGUCCUCUUUCCCAUCAAGUAUCACGAGAUCUGGCAGAUGUACAAGAAGGCUGAGGCCUCGUUCUGGACAGCCGAGGAGAUCGACCUGUCCAAGGACCUCCACGAUUGGAAUAACAAGCUGAACGAAGAUGAGAAGUACUUCAUCUCGCAUAUCCUCGCCUUCUUUGCCGCCUCGGAUGGCAUCGUCAACGAGAACCUGGUGGAGCGCUUUAGCGGCGAGGUUCAGGUUCCCGAGGCCCGUUGCUUCUACGGAUUCCAGAUCAUGAUGGAGAACAUCCACUCGGAGACCUACUCGCUCCUGAUCGACACCUACAUCAAGGAGCCUGCCCAGCGCACAUACCUCUUCAACGCUGUUGAUACCAUUCCAUGCAUCCGUAAGAAGGCCGACUGGGCUCUGAAGUGGAUUUCCGACAAGGAGUCGACCUUUGCCUCGCGGCUCAUUGCCUUUGCCGCCGUUGAGGGUAUCUUCUUCAGUGGUGCCUUCGCAUCCAUCUUCUGGCUGAAGAAGCGCGGUCUGAUGCCGGGUCUGACCUUCUCCAACGAGCUCAUCUCCCGUGACGAGGGUCUGCACACCGAUUUUGCCUGCCUGCUCUUCUCCCACAUGAAGAACCGGCCCAGCAAGGAGACGGUCCAGAAGAUCAUCGUCGAUGCUGUCAACAUCGAGCAGGAGUUCUUAACCGAGGCCCUGCCUUGCGCUCUGCUUGGCAUGAACUCGAACCUCAUGAAGCAAUAUAUCGAGUUCGUGGCAGACCGUCUCCUCGUUGCCCUCGGCAACGACAAGGUCUACCGCGCAUCCAACCCCUUCGACUUCAUGGAGAACAUCUCCCUGGGCGGCAAGACGAACUUCUUCGAGAAGCGCGUGGGCGAGUACCAGAAGGCCGGUGUCAUGGCGAGCACAUCCAAGAAGGUCGCAGAAGAGGAGUCAGACUCUACCCCCGAGCCCGCCGGAGGCAACGGUGGCGACUUCACCUUUGACGACGACUUCUGAGCGCUGAUGUGCCCUUUGCCUCAUCGCCACUCUUGCUCGAUUUCUCUUGUAUACCCACCAUUUUUAUCUUCAUAUCACAGCCUCUGGUUUAUGCCCUUUACUCUUUCAACCCAUCCCACCUUUGUUUAUAUAAACUUCCCUUCUUACGGCCCCUUCUUUUCAAGCGUCUUGUGUAGCCACCUAUUUUGUUUGGUCAUCUGUGUCUAGCACCGCCGAUGUGCUUAUACACCUCGGGAAGCGGCGUUUGGAGUCCAUCAUUUUGUUCUUAUUUUAUGUACAAGGACGAAGAUUAGGAUAGUAGGAACCCGGAUAUGGACGGCGGUAUGCUGCAUUUUGUGUAGAGAAAUACUCUCAAGACGUAAUGCCACAGAUAAUCUUAUGAAGAAUUUUGGUUUGGAUCCCGGAUUUAUUCCGUGUGUAUAUAAUCGCACGUCUCCUUUCUGUGCCCACGACGUUCUAGCGUUGUCCCAGCCGAUUCAAUGUCAUCGAAAACUCUAGGCAUGACUUAUGGACUACCGCUUCCCCUUC